AUGCAUCAGCAACACCACACCAGAGCAGCUCAAGGCACAUUGUGUUUUUUCACCCAGUCCCUGGCGCUGUUGUUGCUGCUGUUGCUCUGCCUGCUGUCCUGCCUGGGAGGCCUCGCCGCGUCCUUCCAUGUCCCUCCUCCGCUCAUGACGGGUCAGGGGCAGCAGUCGGCCUUCUCGGCCACGCGGAGCAGCAGCGUCGUCGGGCAGCGGGCCCUCACCUUCGACCGGCUCCUGGUGAACGUGGGCCACGACUUCAACCCAGACACGGGCCGCUUCCGGUGCCGCGUGCCGGGGGUCUACUACUUCACCUUCACGGUGGGCAAGUUCCCCAAGAAGCUGCUGUCGGUGAUGCUAGUGAAGAACGGCCAGGAGGUGCAGGCCAUCGCCUACGAUGACUACCGCAAAGAGGGACGCAAGGUGCAGAGCCAGAGUGUGAUGGUCAGCCUGCGGGCCAUGGACACAGUCUGGCUGCUGCUGCAGGAGAACCCCCAGUACGCCCUCUACAGCAACGCAGGGCCUUACAUCACCUUCAGCGGCUACCUCGUCUACCCCGACAUCCCCUUGUCCUCCCCUCCCGCGGUGGGCUACGUCAACAACCACAUCGCCCCGCCUAUCGCACCGGCCCUGCCCUACGCUGGCUGCCCUCCCCCGGGGGACCCCUACUACGGCGGGUGGGCUCGUCGUGACGAGCCCCCGUUCGAGGAGCCCCGCUCGGCCUUCUCCGUGGCCCGCACCUCGCCCAUCCUGGGGACGAGGGCGACGCACAACAAGGAGCCGCUGACCUUCGACGUGGAGUACGUCAACAUCGGCGGCCAUUUUAACAAGACGUCGGGCCUGUUCACCUGCCACUACCCAGGGGCCUACUUCUUCGCCUUCACGGUGGGCAAGCACCCGCGGCGGGCUGUCUCGGUCAAGCUCAUGCGGGGUAAAGGCGAGGUGCAGGCCAUGGUGUUCGACGAGGACAUGUCCCGGCGCAGAGAGAUGCAGAGCCAGAGCCUGCUGCUGCUGCUGCAGCGGGGCGAGAGUGUGUGGCUGUACAGCCAGCAGGACGACCGCUACGGUAUCUAUAGCAACCAGGGACGCUACACCACCUUCUCUGGUUUCCUGGUCUAUGCAGAGCCCACCAUGGGCCCGGGGGGCAGGACUCAGAAUUAGAACCAAGGAGCGCCCUCCCACCACACACUCACACACAACAACACAAACACAAACACACACACAAACACACAGAGACACACGUACACACGCGGACCCACACA